UACAUGCGGGGGGUCACAUGUGGUGUCUGUCACUGAUACCAACAACGUGAUCUCCAGCUAACCCCGAUCUCACCUUGAGUCCUCCACUCCCUUUUAUUAUUUUAAAUUACUCGUUUCAGUCGCUCUCUUACCAUUUCUUUCUUUCACUCUCUCACUAUAAACUCCAGUAGAUUUUCUCUGUUUAUGGUAAGGAGGAGAAGAACCUUUUUCCUUCACUGAUCAUCCUCUCCCUUUCCUUUCCUUGUCUCUGAGACGGAGACUGAGACCUCAAUUUGAUCGAGAAAAAGGUUCUCGUCUUCUCCCAAUAUGUCGGAUCUUGAGGCUCCUCUUCGACCCAAGAGGAAGAAGAUCUGGGUGGAUUAUUUCGUCCAGUUCCGAUGGAUCAUUGUUAUCUUUGUCGUCCUCCCAAUCUCCUGCACCAUGUACUUCCUAACAUGGCUUGGUGACGUGAAGUCUGAGAGGAAGUCCUACAAGCAGCGCCAGAAGGAACAUGAUGAAAAUGUUAAAAAAGUCGUCAAUCGCCUCAAGCAGAGGAACCCAUCAAAGGACGGCCUUGUCUGCACAGCUAGGAAACCUUGGAUUGCUGUUGGGAUGCGAAAUGUUGACUAUAAGCGCGCCCGCCAUUUUGAGGUUGAUCUCUCCGCAUUCAGAAAUGUCUUGGAUAUUGAUAAAGAGAGAAUGAUUGCAAGAGUUGAGCCAUUGGUCAACAUGGGUCAGAUUACUAGGGUCACUGUCCCAAUGAACCUCUCCCUUGCUGUGGUUGCUGAGCUAGAUGAUCUCACUGUGGGAGGUCUCAUCAAUGGGUACGGAAUCGAAGGGAGCUCCCACAUUUACGGGCUCUUCUCAGAUACUGUUGUAGCUUAUGAGAUUGUUCUUGCAGAUGGACGUCUAGUCAGAGCAACCAAAGACAAUGAGUUUGCUGACCUCUUCUAUGCAAUUCCAUGGUCUCAAGGAACACUUGGGCUCCUUGUUGCCGCUGAGAUCAAGCUCAUCCCUGUCAAGGAAUACAUGAAGCUUACUUACAAGCCAGUGAUUGGAAACUUACAAGAACUCGCACAGGGUUACCUUGACUCUUUUGCACCUAGAGAUUUAGAUCAGGAUAACCCAGAGAAGGUUCCAGACUUCGUCGAAACCAUGAUUUACAACCCAACUGAUGCAGUUUGCAUGACAGGAAGGUAUGUCUCUAAGGAAGAAGCGAAGAAGAAAGGAAACAAGAUUAACAGACAGCGUUUUUGGUUUAAGCCCUGGUUCUAUCAACAUGCACAGACAGCUAUCAAGAAGGGUGAGUUUGUUGAGUAUAUUCCUACCAGGGACUACUAUCACAGGCAUACUAGAUGUUUGUACUGGGAAGGGAAGCUCAUCCUCCCGUUCGGUGAUCAGUUUUGGUUCAGGUGGACCUUAGGUUGGUUGAUGCCUCCUAAAGUUUCACUUCUCAAGGCCACUCAGGGUGAGGCUAUUAGAAACUAUUACCAUGAAAUGCACGUAAUUCAAGAUAUGCUUGUUCCGUUGUACAAGGUUGGAGAUGCACUAGAAUGGGUUCACCGUGAGAUGGAGGUAUAUCCAAUCUGGCUCUGCCCUCACAGAAUUUUCAAGACUCCAAUAAAAACCAUGAUAUAUCCUGAACCUGGAUUUGAGCAUGAACGUCGACAAGGAGAUACAGAGUAUGCACAAAUGUACACAGACAUUGGUGUCUAUUAUGCCCCUGGGCCUGUCCUGAGAGGUGAAGAGUUUGAUGGAUCUGAAGCUGUACGUCGUCUAGAGAAGUGGAUGAUUGAGAACCAUGGAUUUCAGCCACAGUAUGCUGUGUCUGAACUGAACGAAAAGGACUUCUGGAGAAUGUUUGAUGCUUCACUAUAUGAAGAUUGCCGCAAAAAAUAUGGGGCUGUUGGCACUUUUAUGAGUGUUUACUACAAGUGUAAAAAGGGAAAGAAGACUGAGAAGGAAGUGCAAGAAGCUGAACAAGCUCAUCUUGAGACUGCCGAUGCCGAACAAGAUUAGCCAGAGAUUAUUCAUGAUUUGUAGAAUUUGGAUUUAGUAUUAGGGUUUGAUCUUAAUUCAGAACUGAGUUUUCUUUGUUUUGUAUUUUCUAUUGCUAUUUUGCUUCUCAUGUUUGUAGCAACUCCUUUCUGUAAUAGUUCUUGACACAUUUUGUUGUACUCUUGAUUAAUUUCUGAUUUGGAUUACAAUGGUUGUGGUGUUAGAUUGUA